UUAUGAGUUAUGACUCAAAUGCUAACCCAACGAACAAAGCAAUUCACCUUUGAAAUAUAAGCCCAAACAAACGCACAUGGAAAAUGCCAUCCCCCUACUACUAAGGCAGCUGCCCCUACCACACGCGCCCACCACCAUCACCAUCAAAACCCGCGAAACUUCGAACCAGGGUUCACGUGAAGAGCCUCACCAAUACCAAGCCUCGCCGCAUUGUGCUUCUUCUCAUCUUCGGUUUCAACUCUCCAUGGAAGACGUUAGGGCAACCACUGCCUGGGUCGCCACCCACUCCUCCCACGUUCUCGUCGACUCUGCAGGGAUUGAGAAAGUGGUGAAUACCAUUGAUGACAUUCCCAAGGUUGACUGGGAUUUCGAAGGGAUUCAUUAUUUUGACAACGGCCCACUCACCGUCCAGUACUUGUUUGUUUUGGACUCUCUCAAUUUCUGCUUCUGGCCUGAUAAGGAUUUGAACUAUGAUGAUUUGGCAUCUGGGCUAAAGGCAGCUCUUCAAAAUGAUAAAUCUGCGUUUGAUGCUGACCGCCUGCAGAAGUACACUGGUACACAGCUACGUGAGCUUUUGAAGUGGCCUAGACCUCUUCCUUUGGAAGAUGAACGUGUUCGGUUACUUCACGAGGUUGGAAUUGAAUUGGAAAGGAGUUUUGAUGGAAAAGCAUGUAAUCUUGUGGACAGAUGCGGAAAAUCAGCUUUGAAUCUUGUUGCUCUUGUUGCGCGCCAUUUUCCUGGCUUUAGAGACCAUUCAGUAUACAAAGGCCGCCAGGUAUUCUUGUAUAAAAGAGCUCAGAUAUUUGCGGCAGAUUUAUGGGGUGCAUUUAGGGGUCAAGGGUAUGGUGAAUUCAAAGACAUCAGCUCUCUAACUAUAAUGGCAGACUAUAUCGUCCCGGCGGUGCUGCGGCAACUUGGUGUUCUAAAAUAUAGCCCAGCACUUGCCAGUACCAUUGAUUCUAGUGGAGAAAUAGGUCCGGGGACUGAGGAGGAAGUUGAACUCCGGGCUUGCUCUGUACAUGCUGUGGAGAAAAUGAGGGAGCUGAUAAGUAAAAAGUUAGGAAGACAGGUUCUCAGUGUGGAACUGGACCUUUGGCUCUGGGCCUCUGGUGUUCAGUGCGCAACCCUGCAGCACCACCGAACACUCUCAAUAUAUUAUUGAGUACUUGAUAUAUGGGUAACUAGUAAUGAACAGUUCAGUUGUAAGACCAAAAACUGACUAUGGUUUAGGGUAAUGUCUUAAGAAUAUGUGAAUAUCUAAAUUUUGGAACUAGCUUUUGUAACCUUUGAAGUGCUUGACAAUCAAUUUACUUGUGCUUUGUUUUAUAUAAAUGACAGAGAAAUAUUUAAUCA